AUGUUACCGCUGCUACCGUACAACUCACCACCACCGACAAUUAUUCAGAGUGUUUCACCUCAAACUCCAAAGGUUUGCGAAAAAGAGUGCAUGCCGGAUUGUUCUGUGUCCUGUGUCGCGCUACGGCCAGCACUGCAGUUGCUCAAUAACCUGAUGGAAACCAGAUCAACGAAUCCUCUAGAGUGCCUAAAAGCAUGUACGGAGACAUGCGAAAAUGCUUGCUUAGCAGCAGGAAUUGCUUUAACUGAGUGUCGGGCCACAUGUGGUUCAACUUGUGAACAAACAUGCCGAAAGCCUCAACAGGAAUGCGUGGCUCCUUGUAUGCCAUCAUGCCGACCGGAAUGUGUGGAGGAAGUUGAGCGAUUUCGAGUCUCGGAAAACCUACGACCACCGGUCACAAUGUAUCCUGUAGUG